GUCAAUGGCCUCCUUCAUGGGAAGUGGGAAGCCAAGUGUUCGUUACUGGGACUACAGCUCCCAUGAAGCAGCGCGGCCCGCUCCCACAUCCGGGUCCUUUCCUCUUCCUCCCGCGAGCCUUAGGGGCCGGGGCGGGCAUUUCCUGCCGCAACCUAAACGGCUAUUUUCUGGGCCGAUUGGAGGGACAGGUCCGGUGGCCAAUAGGCCUGCAGUCUUGGGCAGAGCCACCCAAUGGGAGUGUGCGUGGCCGGGCGGAGGGGCGGUGCGGACAAGGAGGCAAGUUAGGCUGAGGAGUGAGCUUUUAGAAGUUGCCGUGCGGCGGAGGCGGCGGCGGGGAAGAUGGCAGAUUUUUUGAAAGGAUUACCAGUCUACAACAAAAGCAACUUCAGUAGAUUUCAUGCAGACUCUGUAUGUAAAGCAUCGAACAGAAGACCGUCAGUAUAUCUUCCCACAAGGGAAUAUCCAUCUGAACAAAUCAUAGUAACAGAAAAGACUAACAUACUUUUGCGUUAUCUACAUCAGCAAUGGGACAAAAAGAAUGCAGCAAAGAAGAGAGAUCAAGAGCAAGUGGAAAUAGAAGGUGAGAAUUCGGCACCACCACGGAAAAUUGCUCGGACAGACAGCCAGGACAUGAAUGAGGACACUUAAACUCUUGCUCUCUCCUACACUAUUUUGCAGGCACUUCCUGUUUUUGUCUCAAUGUGUAAAUUUCCGCGCCCCUUCCCCCCUCCCCCGCCCCCCACUAUGCAGCCCAAACCACUUCAGACUUCAUAGGAGCCAAUGUAUUUAUUUUUUCUCCAGUUUUUAUUUAUGCCGUAAAACUUACGGAGCAAUCGAUGGUGGAACAAGUCAGCAAAUGAUGUAGUAUAAAUUUAAUCCCUUUUAAAAAAAAUCUACAUUAUCACUUUUCCAGAUUUCCUUAAACCUGUUGCUUAAUUAACCCAGUUUGCCAUGGAAGCCUGGAGAGGAGACAUGAAUUUACAGCAUGCAAAUUCCAGUGGAAUAGGCUUUCUGAUCCAUAUACCCACUGGUAUAUUACAGUAGUCAAGUCUGUAUUGGCUGUACUCAGUAUAGCAGUAAUUUGGGGCGGGGGCGGUCUCGUCCGCUCUGAAAUGUUAAUUCUAAAAUCAGCAUUAAUUACUGGGGGUGAUUUUAGGGUUAUGCUGAUCUUAUCAAACGUGGUCAUCUUGAUAAAACAAUUGUGGGUUUUUUGUUCGGCAGCAUAUGUUAUUGCACACAUCAAUAGUCAUGGAGAAUUCAAGUGACAGGUGUGUUGCUUUGGUUGCUCUUACAUUUUAACAGCCUUUUGGUCUCGAAUGGACUGGUAUGUGCAACUUCUCCAUUGGAAUAAAAAAGGAUACUUUUAUCCUACUGAGUAUUUGAUCAACAGUGUCUUUAAUGGCAGCAGGUGGAAUGGAAUUGGUAGGUCUACCUUGCAAACUUGUUUGUUAAAUUUGAGAAUCAAACUGGGUACAGCUUGGCCUCUAGAUUGGCUGUUUCCUUUCUCUCAACUCGUGAUUCUGAAAAAUCAUACAUUGCAUGACUGGAGCUGAGUCCAGGACUUCUGGAUGCAAAGUAGCUGAACAAAAUGAGCUUCUACGGUCUAUAUUAAAGGCAGACCCUCUUUCAUUUGGACAAUGACAGUUCAGUGCCUGUCACCUGUAACCCUUUGCUGACUAUCUUCAGUAGGAGCCAAAUACAAAACCCUCGAGAUGUCUAAGUGGAGUCAAAGGAAAUCAGCAUGGUUGGUUGAAGGUGUGUGUGUAACUCACUAUUGACUGUCCAUUCUGCUUUUAAUGUGAAAAGCUGAGUUUGUUGUUUUUAGGUUGAAAUAUAGAUUGUUGCCUUCUGAUGCUCUUUUCCCAGCAUCUCUGCUCAUCAGCAAAUUGUAAACCGAGUCCAGAAGCCAUGUGAGCCUCUUUCUAGAAAACCCUGGGUAAGCCUAGUUCUGUAGGGAGUUUGACCAUGGUGGUUAAACUCAGACGAAAGACUUGUGAGGCUCAUGCCUUCACCUUUGCUACUGUGUCCCAAUUAGACCAGGGGACAGAGCUUGCUUGGAAUAAAAGCAUGAUGAGCAUGAAAGCCAUCAGCAGCACAGUUUAUCUUAUGAGACAGGACUUUGUGAGGAGCAGGACGUAGUCUCAUUUAUUGCUCCAUUUCUACAAGUAUGUACAAGGCGCUAAACUCUGAUUCUAAUAUUCGUCACCUCACUUUUCCAAUGAAGGUCGUUAAGUUACUUGGACCUAAAAUUGUACCUGCCCUUAAAAUAGCUACGUUUUGCUGCAGCAGCGCCCCUCCAGAUUUCGGGUUAAAACACCAGCUGGGUUGCUGAGGACAAAAAUAUGGUUUUACAAGUUUGUGGCCUACUGGCAAUUACAGCUUAACAGAACUCCUUUUCCUAGAGCUGUGCUGCCAAAAAAGAUGCUGGCGUGUAAACAGAAAAUGCUAUGUUAGCUUCAAGGCCAUGUUAAAAGGUUUGUAAGAUACCAAAAGAGGACAUGGGUGUAGUGCUGAUGACAAAAGUUUAACCAAUGCUGUGUUUUUUAGCUACAUUUGGGAGUUCCAGCCUCGUUAAGUGCUGUUUAAUUCCGUACUAAUAGAGAAUUUGGAGCUUUGCUGGCCUCUCUGCUAGAGCGAGUGAGGUACCAUUAAAGAGUUGGCAGUACCAUCCUGUUCGAUACCCCCAUCUUUGUUCCCUUUACAGUAAAUGUGACCUUGCAGGUAGUGGAGCCUUUGAAAUCUUACAAAUAAGGAUUUUUUUGUUUUUGUUUAAUUUACCAAAAAUUCUCAUGCUCUUAGAAAAAUUGAUUUGGCAAAGAGAAAAAAAUAGUUGCCUUUAGUUUCCUGAGAGCAAAUCUGGAGGAAUGGGAAAAAAACCUAUAUUUACUCAAAUUCUUGAGUGUCCUUUCAAUCAAACUAUAGCAUUUUGCUUUUGAUGCUGGCAAUACACAAGCAGCAUGGAUUUCUGAUGCUCACAAACAGGUAUCUUUGUUGCAUUUUACUGAAAGUUUUGAUGACUUUGACCAGUUGAGCAAGACUAUCUAAUCUGAACUGAAAGCCUCCUCCCUCACCAUCCAGUUUCCAUGCUGCUAACUGCUUGAAAAUGCCACCCUCAAGCUGCCACACGUUCAAAAUGUUUCCACUGCUGUUUAAUACAUGUGUAUUGGGUUUGUGUUGCAUGUGAAAACCCUCCAACCCAACUGAUUGUCUGGUGUCUUAGGCAAAUCAUACAUUAAACAGAGAUCCAGAACUUCUCCAACAGUGUUCAGUUUGUAUAAUAUGUAGCUCCUCUAAUACUUUCCGAUUAUCCUGUUACAAAGUGACUGGGAUUUAGUGACCCUUAACUGGUAUUUUGUAUAUGUCCGCCUAGUGGUAUUUUUAUUGUUUCUAGUAUUGAUGUGUAUUGUACAAAGUUUUUAUAAAACUUUAGAAGCUUGUCAAAAAGAUCAGAAGAGAAUUUUUGCAGUGUCUAGGGUGACUUUUUUUAGCAGAAAUUGGAGCUGCAGGAACAUAUUUCACUCUUUUUAUUUCAAUAAGAAGUACAGAGGGUGCUGAAUCCUAGAAAUAACCUAGCAAGCAUCUGUUCUCCCCUGCGAGGCAGAUUUCCCCUGUACUGGAUAGCACUGAAGUUUGUGCCAUCUCUGUUUGUUUAGUAACCCCUCAGUGUGAUUGGAUGUGAUGGGUAAAUCUGGUUGUUUCAAUGGUAGCCAUUGCUUUUUUUUUUUUUUUUUUUUUAAACAAAGCUGGAUGUAGUGGGUGUUAUCACAAGUUUAGUGACUGACGAGGCAAAACCAAAGAUGUCUUAAGCUAACUCCAGAUAUCAAAUGUUGACUUCAGAGGAGUGUUUGAAGGGGUUUUAUUCUCUUCCCCGCCCCGACUCCUAAGCAACUUUAAAAGGUAUUGAAGUUUGAAAGGGAAGUUGUUUUGUUUUUUUAAAUAAACAAACCCUUGGUACAUGUUCCAUUCCAGAGGUCAUAAGUGGUCAGAUCUGCUCUGCAAAGGCCCUAUUUAUUUGUAUCGGUGGUUGGUUCUUCAGACUUGCCGGUUGCUUUAUUUUAUCUGUGUACAUUCAAGCCAUUUCCCUGAGCAAACACAGGGACAUACAAAGAGAUACUGCUGAGGGAGGAUGACCUGUUCUGAGUAAAACUGGCAGGCUGGUAAGGGCCACUACUGUUGGUGCUUAGUCUGAAAAUGUUUUCAAAUGCAGUUACCCAUAAGAGCACCGAAUCCAUACCCGGUUACAAACCAAGCUACAAUGGAGAUCAGAAACAUUGUGAAAACCCUGCUGGAUGGGGUGUAUUUGUGAGGAAGAAUCGACCAGAUUCCCUGUCUGUUUAAAACUUUGGCUAGACUAUGACCUAUUUUCCCAGCUUAGACAGGGCCUGAGCAUUUAGCAUAGGUAGGGUAUGUCUAUGCUGCAAUUAAAAACUCGUAGCUGGCUUAGCCUAAGGGGCUGUUUAAUUGUGCUGGAGCCCAGGCUCUAGGACCAUGUGGGGUAGGAGGUUCAUAGAGCUUAGGCUAUAGCCCAAACAUCGACACCACAAUUAAACAGCCCCUUAGCCUGAGCCCCACAAGUCUGAACAGCUGGUAUGAGCCAGCCUUGGGUGUCUAAUUGCAGAGUAAACGUACUCUGUAGAGGGCAGGGUGAAGAUUCACUAGUACUAAAAUCGAACUGUGUUGUGACCAGGUUCAGUGACAACUGCUGGUCCCCUGACACUUGUAGUUGUAGUGUAGAUUGGGCCUUAAGUACCAAACCAUACAAGCUGAAAGCAUGUUCAGAACCAGGUGCCGAGCGUGGUUCUGGCUGACCUGGCAGAGUGGCGUGUAAUUCUUUGAACACUGUUUACUGUGGUCUGGAGCUCCAGAGAAGAUGAGGGCCUAUGUACCAAUCUAUAUGCUGUUUGCAGUGUUCAAAGAAAUCUCUCGUGCAGUCAGUCACUUGGGGUUUUAAGCCUACUGAAUUGAAGUACUGAUUUUUGUUGCUUUUUUGGGGGGGCUACUGGGUUUAGAAGCUCCCGGAUUCUUGUUGGCUGGUGUCUCUCUUUCUCAAGGCAUCAUGAUUCUUGUGCCUUAUACAGUAAUUCAGUUAACACUUGGACUGUUUCCUGUGUUGAGGCAGAAUUUUGGAGGCUUGCUGGAAAAAUCCUAAAUCUGCUUCUGCAGUAGCUAAGAUUACUUCAGAGGAGCUCAUUUCAGAAUAUACCUUUUGAAAAUAGAUCUGACUAAGCAGAAGCUGAUGAUGUAUAUCAUGGACAGGCCAUACAAAUGGGCCUCAGUCAUAAGCAAAGCUGCCAUUUACCAUCUAGCAUUAGUAUGUUUAUAUCACUAAUGUGACUUUAUUUUUCUGUUUAAAAGAGAUGCAUCUUUUUUUGUUAUGGCGGUUUGUUUUUUUUUUUAUUUUUUUGCAACUAUGCUUAUUAUAAUGGCCUUUUCUUUCCCUGAUUUAUUGACUGGCAUCUGGCAGUUGGGAAGUCAUGCUACACUAUGGCUUUGACUGGAAGGAUUCUUGGUGAUUGUCUUCUGUAACUUUUGUGUGUUAUAACUUCUGAUGUAUAAAAAGUGUGUGUGAUUUUUGUUUUUAGGGGGCCAGGUGUGGUUGGGGGGUGGGGUUGAGCAUUAGGUUGGUCAACAUGCCCAAUAAAGGAUACUGCAUCAUUUGUUUACUCAAGCACAGACUAUCCUUCAUACCAUAUUGAAUGCACAUUCAGCAAUCUCCACUUGGCUGGUUCGCAGAUGUAUGCCUGUCCUCCUUGUAGUGGAGAAUUUAGUCAUGGAAUCUCAUCUAGAGAUUGAUAUGGUUUGGAGCACUGUUUAGUACCACUAACCUGCUGAGAAAUGUGGGACCAAAGCCGCAUUUGCAGGUAGGCUACUUGACUUCCUUGCUGCUAAUUGCAAGCUUAUGUAGAGUGGAUGUGCUCAUUAGAACCAUACUACUGGCUCCCUGGAUUACUCACAUUUUACAUCCACCAGCAUACAUUUCUCAUCUGAGAGGCCAACAGCUUUGUAGCUGUCUCCUGCAUUACUGCUGACCUGUGUGUUCAUGGAUGUAUGUGGAUUCUUCGGUGGAGUUCAACAUCACACUAGCAACGUUAGAGUUGAAUUUACACUUCUUUUCUAUUCAUUCUAAUUUCCUUGUUAUAAGAUUGGGAUGAAUAUUUCCUUUGGGUGUAGAGGGCUGAGCUUGGUCUGUUACAAGACAGCAACUUUGUAAUUAUGACUUUAAAAGUGGGAAUGGACAAAUGCCAACUUUCCCAUUUGUUCUGCACUAAGAUUUGAUUUUAUUUUAUUUUUUUUAAAGCAAAGCUUUUCUGCUCCCUGCCUGUGCCUGGAUCUGGUGAGUGAAAAGAUUAAUCAUAUGUACAGAUUGGCCUUUUCAUUCAAACUGGUGCAAUUCCAGUGAUGAUUCUUGGGUUUUGUAGAAGGGCAAACUACUACUGAAGGUCUGAAUGCUUUUUGGAGAAGUCCUGGUGGACUUAAUCCUUUUGUGACCUGAGUUCAGCUUUUAUCAGUGUAAACCUGGGAGUUGCUAACCAGCUGGAGGGAUAAAAGGACCAUGUUGUCAAAACUUUUUGCUUUUUUUCAACUAAAAAUUAACUGAUGGCAGAGGUGGGGUGGUUGAGUAAAUCAAAUGGCAUGAGCCAACCCGCACCUCUGUGGUCCUGGGUUCUAAUGCUGUUCAGGCCACCUGUGCACAAACGAAGUUUUGUGUAUCACUAUCUUUUUGUCUCCUCUACCAGACAAGCACACGCUUCAACUCAAUUGGCAUUCUGUGGUGAGAGGUGAACAUCCAGACUAGAAUAGCCAUCAUGCUGGGAGGAUGAAUCUGCCUUAACAAUGAGCUGUGCAUGGUGGGGAGGUUAGCCUGCGCUAUAUCUGGCUGGAGUUACUGCUUUGGCGCUCUCACGUCUGUGAAAAAAUUUAGUUUUGAGGGUGAAUGGAAAUCCUCUUGCUGAGUAUAUAGUCAUGACUUUUCACUGGCCAGCUCGUUGCUUCCCAUAUUAUGAAUACUACAUUGAUAACCGGUCCCUGUAGCUGUCCAAUGCACCCCAGUGCUGUAAUCUUGUGGUUGGUUGUUUAUAACACAAAUCUAAAUGUGCUUUUCUUCCUUUCAGAAGUGUGGGGGGGGGGAUCUAACAGUGUAAUUAGUCAAAUACUCUUCCUUGCUUUGCUAAGUAAUGUGUGUAUAAAGAUGGAUAUCUUCAUUCCUGAGAUACUAGCAAAGAUUGGCCAUUUAGUUAUUUAAAUACACAUGCAUACUUGUUGGAGGAGGGCAGAGUAAACUACUUCACUCGCUAGCCACCUGCUUUUUUCUGCAACGAUGGCUGUCUGUCUAGCUUGGACUGCAGAAGAGUCCUGACAAAAAUAGAUAUUGAUUCUUCACUUAGAAGAAGAAGUUUCAGAAAAUACUGCCAUGCAAUUUGAAGGAAUGAUCCGUGGUGCUUAUCGGCACUGUGCCACCGUGCACAAUACGGCUGGGCUGGACUUUCAAAUACAUGUGUUUCUUAUGAUGUAGUGCAAUGUGUAUAGUUUAAAAAGGCUUUACUGGGUUUUUUAUUAAGACUAACCUACAGUGUCUCCUUGGUCAGUUGCAUGUAACAGCUGAAUGUAUGGGAUUGGGCCUUAUCUUUCUAGCCAUCCCAACUUGCUUUUAUGUCCGUUACAGUCUGUCUGGAAUACAAAAUCCCAGGGUGAUUUUUUGGCAAUACACAGUGUAUCCCUUGGAGCCUGUAUUACUUACAGCCUGUCCUUCUGCUUGUGGACAAGAAAUACCUGCUGAGUUCCAACUCAGCCUCUUCCCCCUUACUCUCUUUGCAAACUCUGUGUCUGUGGGGCAGGGGGCAAUGUGUUCUCCUGAGGAGUUGUGUGGCGAUAGAGGGGCUGCUGUAAUGGAGCAACUGUAAAUAUUCUGUUCUAGUUGAAUGUCACAGCUGUUGGAUUUUGCAUUUAUUUUUAAACUAUUUCAUGUUUGAUACUGUGUAUAAUAAAUUUGCAGAAAUUA